AUGGACAAUCUGUUGGAUGAGGACCCAUUCUUCACCACUCUCUUACAAAGUGGAGGAGAAGGUCCUAUUACCACUCCAACAUUCUCACAGCAUUCUAAUGUUGUGGUCGCUUCAACCCCUUUUCACGGUGAAAAGAGGCCUCUAACAAAAAAAGUUCAAAGAGGAGCUUCUUUCAUUGUUGAGGAGGAUAAUGUACUUGUCUCUGGUUGGCUCAACAUUAGUAUUGAUGCCAUUCGGGGAACUAAUCAGAAAUCCACUCAAAUGUGGGAGAGGAUUUAUGAAUUUUAUCACGAAUAUAAAAAACCACAGACUAUGAACCGUUCGGUUGGAUCAUUGAUCAAUCGUUGGUCCAUGAUUCAGAAAUGCACAAAUAAGUUUUGUGCAUAUCUAGCUCAAGUAGAGUCAUUGCACUCGAGUGGUGCAACCGAACAAGAUAAGGCAAAAAUAUUGUACAAAGAGAUGGAACGAGGAAAUUUCACAAUGGACCAUUCUUGGAAUCUUUUGAGACACCAACCCAAAUGGCAUCAACAUAUGAAUACGCUGAAUACGAGGAGAAAGCCACAUGAUAAACAUCCUUCCAAUGAGCAGUCAAGUGAAGUUUUGGGCGAUGUUGUGGAGGAGCAUGUUGAAAGGCCUGCUGGAAAAAAGGCUGAAAAGGAAAACUUGAGGAAGCGAAAGGCUCAAGAAUCAUCUGAUGCUGAGUUCAACACGGCAUUAGGAGCAAUGACCGAGGAUAGACGAUUGUUCAUGGUGGAGAGAAGAGAAUGGUAG